AUGACUGCUUUCUCCCGUCUGCAGCUUGCAGCAGCCCUUAUAGAAUAUGACAACGAUCCAAGCAAUCCCAACGCUCCCUUCCGUUCAGCUCAUGACAGCGCCAUAUUUGCCCACCUUCGCCGCAAUAAUGCCCCCCGUCCCGGGUCUCGUAAGAGCACCGACUACCUGGGCGUUGCAUUGCCCAGCGAAGCUGGCAGCGUUAGCGGACGCGAGUCUGCUAUGGAUAAUAGGAGGUCCCGUGGCUCUAUGGACGCGCUGCGGAAUCCUUUUGGGGCGGCAGAGGAGGAAGUUGAACCGGAGCAUGAGCCCGAGCAUGAAGAGGAUUUGGAUAUUGAUCUCGCAUCAUGGGGAUUGGACGCAUUUAUCAAGAAGGAGAAGGCCCCCAAGAAAUCUGCUGCAAAGGCCAAGUCAGAUGUGCUACCAAACCCUCAUCCAGUGAAGCUUGAGGAAAACUCGGCUGGGCCGUCUCGUCGUCCAGUCCCCUCAGGCUCCAGAUCAAUGAGCGUGAGCGGACUAGACGGUUUCGGAGAAGGAGGUGCGUUCCUCGAGUCCAAGUCUAAUAUGAGACCCGAUAUGCCUAGGAGGGCGUCAUUUGGAUCCCCUCUCGACUUCCCUGAACGUAAGACGGAUUCACCGCGACCUACACAUGAACGCGCCGUGUCGCAUCAUGCGUUGAUAGCGAAUAUGCCCACAACCCCUCCACUGCACUCGGUUCCAUUCCCAUCCCAGUCUACCGACGAACUCAAUAACAUACCGCGGCUUCCCUCGCCAGACAGAGGCUCGGUAUACUAUCCACGGGGCCCGGGUGCGCAUGGUCGCACGACGUCGCACGGCACAAUGGCUACCAUGGCUUCCAAAGCACUUCUCAAUGACGAGAACAGUCCGUUCGCAGUACGCCCUCCUUCCCCGUCACGUUCAUCUCGGUUCGAUCCGAAGGCCAUGGCACAUGCACGCACCAUGUCAAACGCGUCUUGGGGCACUCAGGCACUACUUAAUCGCGACGAUGCAGUUUCCGUGGCACCCAGCGGUAUGGAGCGCAACCAAGAGCGCCGCUACUCCAAGUGGGAUCUCAUGCGCCCCAAAGUCCUCGUCAUGCCUAGUCCACUCCAGGGCACCAUGCCUAUGAAAUCCGGGCCACCGCCAGUCAGGUCCAAGGACGGUUUCGAGCUCAGUACUGAUGGGCGUCCGCUGCCGCCCGGUGCUCGGGCCUCUCGACGGGUCUCGGGUGUCUUAUCGCCCAUCCAGCCAUCCGCCCCCAUCGCCUCCAACUCAUUUACUCCGAAUCCUCGCACGAGCUUGACCUUAUCGCAGUUGACCUUCCGAAACUCGCUCAUGGUAGAUGGCCAGAGAGAUGUUGCUUAUGCAGAUAUCGAAUCGCAGCUCCCUCGUGCUACCGAGGAUGGACAGCAGGUUGCACUCCCCACCCCGGUGCUGGAGGAACCUGAGAUCCCUUUGCCGGUUGUUACUGAGCCCGAGCCUGAGUCUAACCAGCCUAGAAGGCCUCCCGGCAAGCUCUUUGGGACAAGUCUCAUAGACAAUCUGGAGGCACGAAAGGCAGAAAUGCGCAGCAGACAGCGGGUGUUUACUGGUGAUGAGAGGCCGUCCAUGAUGGCGCGCGGUUCCAUGCACCGAUCUAGUACGCUGAUAGACCCUGCUUCCCUUGGAAGACCGACUUCUCAGCAUAUGAACUCCUUCAAUUCCGAGCCUGCUCUUCAACGCAGGAACUCCGCCGGUGGCCAACCUUUGCUCAGCUUCGACGACGACAAGAAGUUGUCGCCAGGGCCCGCUCUGGACGUACGAAUGCCCAAGAGUCGGUCUGUAUUCGGCGUGGAUACUCUCUGGGAGCGGGAGAUGGCGAAAUUGAAAGAAAUCGAAGAGCGGGAACGGGCCGAAGCUGAAGAGCGGAGGAAGCGCGAGGAGGCCGAGGACGCUAAACAUUCCAAGAAGAGGAAGGGCAAAGGAAAAGCUGUUGAUGCGCCACAGGGUCUUUCGCCUUCCCCGUCACCAGCUGAACCUGCAAGUCCUGUCAUACGAACGUCCGCCUCUCCCCCUCGGCUGCCUGAUAUCCCAUCCGCGACGACUCGGCGUGCGCCUCCGCCAGUGGACGACGACGGUGAUGAUGGUGAUAGCGACUCCGAUAGCGGGAGUGAGGUUGGCCAAGCGCCGGUGGCGCAGUCCGUUCGUGGUGAUAAUACAGGAUGGGCGUCAGAUGAAGAAGCAGGCCCUAUCAGAACCACCGGCACUGGACCGCGAUUCCGUCCUCGGAAGAACAGUCGUCCGGAGAUUUUCGAGAGUAAGGCUGAUGAUAGUGACGACGAGGAUGUUCCUCUUGCUGCAACGUUACGCCUCCCCUCCCAGAGACUAACUGCGCGCCCUCCUGAGAGCGACUCAGAGGAAGAUCGGCCUCUGUCGAAAUUGCUGACGAAAGGCAUCUCCACUCCUGGCGGGCUGUCGCCAAGGCCUUCCACAGCAGCCAAUUCGAAUGGUGGCGAUGACGACGAUGACAAGCCUCUGGGUCUUCGCGCGUCCGUUUUACCUCCUUCGUUACCUCCGUUAGGACUGUCCUCCAUGUCUAACAAGGGUAACGAUGAUGACGAUGAAAGACCCUUGGCUCUCCAUCCCGAGCGCCAACGGAGAACCCAGUACAAUAUGAUGGCACAGCAGCAGCAGAUGAUGAUGCAGGCGCAGAUGACGGGUUCCAUGUUCUUCACACCUCCUAUGAUGGGCAUGGGCAUGGGAUCCGGUUUCUUCGCUCCAUCGAUGCCACAAAUGAUGAUGCCUCCCAUGCCCGUAACUUCACCACCCCCUCCAGCACCUCUGCAUGAUGCAGCAAAACUUAAUCGAGUCGAUAAGUGGAGGCAUGAUGUUGCGGUAGAAGGGCCAGAGUAG